GCUGCCGCUCGCUAAUAGCAGACUGUCAAAGCAGAGGGGGUGCUUUCUGUAGGAAAUAAGCACCCACAGGCUGUGGACACACACAGAUCCGACUGCACGUCCUUCCAACCAGCAUCCCAGACAGGCUGCCCUCUUGUAACCAGGAGCACCGCACAGUAAAUGGCACUGACAAUGGAGAUGUCCGAGACUUUGUUUCAACAGGAGAGGCUCCAAGCUAUCGCGGAGAAGAGGAAGCGGCAGACAGAGAUAGAAAACAAGAAACGACAGCUGGAGGAUGAGCGAAGGCAACUCCAGCACCUGAAGUCCAAGGCUCUGCGGGAACGAUGGCUGCUGGAGGGAACUCCAUCAUCGGUGGCAGAGGAAGACGAGGGGAUGAAGAAACAGCUCCAGGAGGACAAUGACAAAACUAAACAGAUGGAGGAAACCAUCCAGAGGCUGGAGAGGGAGCUUGAAUUACUUGAAAAUGGUGAAAUUGUCAUCUCGAAAGAAAACAGCAUUGAGGAGAAGCUGAAAGCUGAGGAGAAGGUUUCUCCAAACAAAGGCAGUGAGUCGGCAAAGCAUCACAGCAGCCCAUUGGCCAAUAAACCUGAAGGAAGCACGGAGAAGCUGAAAGCUGCGAUGUUUGCGGUGGAAAUUACGGUGGAGAAGGACAAUGUUACAGGGGAGACCAAAGUCUUGUCCACCAGCAGUGUGUCUCCCAAGAACCUCAAGCAACAAGGAGUCAAGGUCUAUGAGGAUGACCUCAAGGUUAUCCAUGAAAUGCGCAAAGGUGACGGAGCAGUGGAGAACGGAAUCCACCUUCUCACUAGCACCGAGGUGGACGAGCUGAUACAGAAGGCUGACAAGGUGACAGACUUCAAUAAAGCGCUGGCUCCUGAGGGGAAAGGACCUCAUGGUCAGCUUCAGGCCGACGGUCAGACCCCAGAGAAGCUAAAGCCGGACGGGAUGGCCGGAGAGAGCCUUAAAAUCCUUCAGAAAACCCCGGGGGAUGGUGCAGAGCCCAGCAAAGACCAGCCGGUUACCAUGAUCUUCAUGGGUUAUCAGGACGUCGAGGACGAGAAUGAGACCAAGAAGGUGCUCGGGUAUGAUGGAACAGGCAAAGCAGAGCUUGUGGUGAUUGAGGAUGCUGAUGGCAAGAGCGAGAGGCCAGGGGAGAGCCAGGCCCCUCCCAAUGGCACCACCGCUGCCCAGGGUGCUGAGGAGAAGGCAGCUGGGAAGGGUAAAGAGGCAGUAGGCGAGGUGGAGAAUUUGAAGGAGAAGCAACGUUGCCAGUGCUGCGUCGUGAUGUGAUCGCGCCCUGUCUUAUCCUUCUUAUUGUACAGUCGGAAUGUUAUAUGUUCAUAGUCUUCAGAUGCACUGUUUGUCUUCUAACGUAACACAUGCUUUAAUUGGGGAUGCAAGGAUUGCAGCCAAUCCAUCGCAAUUUAGCAAAGACCUGCAUUUUCAUUGGCAUUCGGUCAGGGCCUAAAUAAAAGCUGAGAGCUAAUUGGCUGAAUGGUACCCAAAACAUCAUCCAUUGAGUACAGUAGAGCUUCACUGAGUCUACCUUGGCGAUGACAUGAUGGUGCUGUAAUGUCCCGUUGCAAUCAUCCACGAACAAUAUGAGAGUUGUUAUAAACAAGCCAUGAGCAACCAUCUCUCAAUGCAGAAAGAAAACAAACUCACAAUUGAUCUCUAUAAAGUGACGCCUGUCCAAGCUGUUGGGCAGGAAGCAGUGCUUGUCAGUGAUCAAAGGUUGCCCUGAUCACUCUGUAAGUCAGCAAACCCAGAGCUCAGAAAUGGCUUGAACUAUGUCCUUUAAAAGUAACUGAUAGAAUCAUAGAAUCACUAUAGUGUGGAAACAAACCAUUUGGCCCAUCGAGUCCACACUGACCUGCCGAAACACAGCCCACCCAGACCCACCCUAUCCCUGUAACCCUACAUUUCCUGUUGCUUGCCCACACAUAUCUGAACUUUAUGGGCAAUGUCCCAUGGCCAAUCCAACCUUAGCCUACAUUUCUUUGGGAUUUUUUCUUUCAUUGUCUCUCACCAAAAGUGAACAGUUGGGAGGAAGGACUUGAACAGUUUUUAAAGAGGACUUAAACCUCUUUUUAAAAACAAAAGGGUUUUUUUUACGUUCAAAUUUCAAAACAGAGUGAAGGCCUCAUGGCCGGAGAGAAAAGGGAUGGGUGGAUUGAAUCAUUUUAGUUUCUUCAAAAUCUGAAUUUAAUUGUGUCAUGUAAUAAUUGGGUCAUAGUGUUACAGUAAUAAAGCCAGGCCUACCUUUUGUAAAUAGGGUUUAUAUUGUAGCUGAUCUCUAGGGGAGGUGAUGAUCUAGUGAUAUUAUCACAGGACAAUUAAUCCAGAGACACUGUUAAUGUUCUAGGGUCCCAGGUUCAAAUCCUGCCACGGCUGAUGGUGGAAUCUGCUUUCAAUAAAUAUCUGGAAUUAGGAAUCUAAUGAUGAGCAUGAAACCAUUGUCAAUUGUCACAAAAACCCAUCUGGUUCAUUAAUGUCCUUUAGGAAAGGAAAUUGCCAUCCUUAACUGGUCUGGCCUACACGCGACUCCAUACCUACAGAUUGACACUUAAUUGCCCUCUGGGCAAUUAGGGAUGGAUAAUAAAUGUUGGUCUGGCCAAUGCUACUCACAUCCUUGAAGGAAUUUCUAAAACCUCAACUGAAAACAGACUAAGUCAGCCAAAGGAGAUGUUUCUGGGAAUCUGCUGGUAAUGUAAGGGUUAAAAAGUACAUAGUCAAAACUCAUAGUAAAACUUUCUCAUCAAGUUCAUUCUUCUGUCAUCUGAUCAACCUGGAAACUGUACUGUACACAAAUAUAUGAUGCUUGGAAUUUCGCUUUAGUACAGUGAGUCCCACCUUUUCUCAUCUAAGUCAUAUCAAUGUGAAUAAGUUCUGUCCUUUAUUGAGCCACAGUGCCAUUGAGUUCAAUCUCUCUACUUCAUGGUGAUAUAUGAUGCCUUAAAUGAUCCGAAUAAGCAAAAAUAAACUAAUGUUAAUACUGUCAUUUGGUCAUUUUGGAUCAUAACCAGUUUGCCAAAGGGGUUAUGAUAUCCUGCAGAGAAUCUAUUGCUGGACAAACAUAGUGAGGUUAGUAGAGGAAUAUUCAGCAUCAUGUGGGGUACCCUUGCUGUUAAAUAAUGGGCUAGAUCAUUCACAAAAACCCCUGAAACUAGAUUAAUGCUCGUUUUUGUCCAACAUGCUUUUUUAUUUCUUCCUGCUCAAGCUACAGUUUUAGUGAAAUGAAACCAGUAAUUCCUCCACAGGAAUCAUUUGACUGGAUUCCUUCAGCGCAUGUACUGCUUAGUCCAUUUCUCCAGACCAUGCAUUGAUUGAUCUUUAACUGAGCACUGAACUCCUUUCUUAGGCAUACAAGAUGGUUGACCACUGAAUUUUCAUUAACUUUGAAAGACUCUGUUAAUGUAUAUAUACAGUCAAUGUUAAAUCAACUUUGGUUUUUCUACAUUGAGAUUUCGGUAUUAUCAAUGUCAAACUGGCAGCUGAGAUCUUUUAGUCAGCCUGAAAAUUUGUCUGUACAGUUUGGAUUUUCUGAAUCAUUGCAUCCCUAAUUUUGAAACACUUUUCUACAUCACAGUUAGUCUUGAACCAGAUCAACCUAUUCUAUACACUGCCAGGCACCAUGCACUACUCUCAGCAUAUAUGUAUGACGUGAUACAAUGGGACAAUUUUAUUUUUCUCUGCAUGUUCUAUAGCUCCAAGCUGAUUACAGAUCAUUGUAAAAGUAGUUAACUGAUGGUGUUUUUUUUAUCCGACUGCAAUCUGUCUGCAAUUCCUUUUUACAUCUAUCCAAAGGUUCAAUGAGCCUAGAGACCAAUUGCAACAUUGCUGUUUAGUUGAAGAUUCUCAGUCCACUUUCUGCUCCAGAUUCUAAUCAGUUCAAAUCUGAAUCGACUGAUUGUCCAGAUUAAAACUUCAGAUACAAAUGGUGUCAUGCAAACUUAGUGAUUCUUAAGUCAUUCUAAAUACAAUCCAGAUCAAAUCUGACUUGUGCAAGUGUCCAAACUUGAUUUUAAAAAGUACACCACUUGAAGCUGUGGAUCUGAUUGUUCCUGAGCUGAGCUGAGUUCACUUUGUUUGAAUGUGUUUGCUGAAGUGCCUGCGUGUUUAUGUUUUUUUUAGUACGUGUGUGUUUGAAUGUGUGAGUGCUCCUAUGUUUGAAUAAAGCUUUGUAUGCAUUUCCCUUUAUAAGUUUGCUUGAGUCCAUCUGUACUUACCUGCUUGUGCGCACGCCUGUACUUGCAUAAGUGUGUGUAUGCAUGUGUGUGUGCAUUUGUAAGUUUGCCUGUAGACAGCCUGUCUGUCUGUUUGUGUAUGCAAGUGUGUAUUUAUGUGUACGAGUGUCUUUGUGUGUACGGGUGUGUGUUGUGUGUAUGGGUGUGUAUUUAUGUGUACGAGUGUGUUUGUGUGUACGGUGUGUAUUUGUGUGAGAGAAAGUAACUCAGAAUUCCUGGGAACUCACUUCAUUCCUCUUGUGUUCCUGAUCACAUUAUUUGUUUCCAUGGUGACUCCAGGCAUUACCAAAGAUUGCACCAAACGAUAUCACUGCAAAAGUUGUUGUUAUUGUUUUUGUUAAUGGAAACUUCAUUAAAAAUGGGAGUAAGCAAGACAAUCAAAUUUCUUUAAAAUGCUUUCCCAUUUUGUUGCUCUCCAUGAACUAUUAUUGAAAAUUCCCAGCCUAUUAUUGGAGAAAUCAAUAUAUGUAUAGAUCUAUAAACACAUAUAUCUAUUUUUGAACACGAUGCCUUGGGAAUGGCUUUGAACCAUGUUUAGAUUUCCCUAACCUGGUUAGAGAUGGAUACGAUAGUGCGAGCAUGCUCAUUAGAUAAUAAAGUAGUCCCAUUUUAUUCAACACAUUCCAGAGGCCUGUGACACGAGUGAUCUCACAUAAAUUCUUCGGCGUAGCACAUGUGUAAGCGUGAUGUGCACUUCCCUGAAGGUCUGAGCACCAUGUCUGUAAUGUGCUUCUGGAUUUCUGAGACUUUGGGACUCCAGCUCUCUGUAGCUGAGAGGCAAAAUCAAUCAGAGUGCAGAUUCCCUUCAUGUGUCAGGCAUUAGGCUUUGUAAUCGAUUUGUGUUCUUUGUUGUUUAGUGCUGGUGUUGUAAAGGGUUGGAAACCCUUAGUAAUCUCUUCUGUAUCAUACCCCUUCGAAAAUCCUAUAGCAUACAUUGGUUCUUGAGGGGCUUUUAAACACAUUGUCCAAAAGACUAUUUUACAACAUUCAGCCAGAUAAACAGAUACCUAGUAUUAAAACAUAUUGGAGCAUGGACAAUGAGUACUUUGGAAUACAAGUUGCAAAUGAUUGUCUAACUUUUAUGUUAAAAAUGCUUUGUGUUUUUUUUAAAACAAGAAGAAUCAGUUCCCAUUGACAACUUUAGUAAAAGAAAAUUUAAUGCAUAUAUUUUUGUUAUGACAUCUUAUAAUUACUGUUAAUUUGUGGUGUGUGCAACACACACACACACACACACACACACACACACACACACACACACACACACACACACACACACACACACACACACACACACACACACACACACCUCACAAUAUGCUUGCCUGAGGUGUCCAAAUGCUUAUUUGGUGAUACAUAGUCGCUGGACUCAUACAGGACAAAUUAUACACGCUGUACAAUGUUUGCUCUAUAUUAAAGAAUCCAACACCAACAGAAUGUUUUGUUUUGUGUGAGGGAAGUUGUUUGAGUGUGCAUUACAGUCAACCCCCCUUCGAAGCAUCUGGCAAUAAAACUUGCUGUUCUUUUCACCUUGUGCAUGCAGAACUGUUCUCCUUAAGGCUCACUUUCACAAGUGGACCAUCUUCCAACAACUAACUGAGAUGUCAUGUGGUAAUGAAAUUGUAGAGUUCUAACUAGAAGAUCAAAGAACUUGACUAUCUGUACCACUGAUGUGGAUAACCUGACAGUUUACUCCCAUUGAUGGUUAGCAGUCCACCAAUUUGUAAAAGAGAAAAACAAGUAUUAAAUGUCAAUGUUUCAUUAGAGGAUUGGGACUGUAAACAAAUGGAAGGAAAAUUAACAAAGCUAAAUUAUAGAACUUGAAACUGCUCUUGCCACAUGCACCCAAGUGGAGUCGACUGUAUUUAACUGUUUGGAACAAUGUGAAAUUUAAUAUGCAAAACUGUAUAGUAAUCAAAAAUAAAAUCUAGAUGUGAUUAAA